AUGUCAAGACACGUACUCCUUUCGCGAUUGGCAGAGCAGUUUCAGGCUUCAUCGCCGCCGCCUCAAGCAAAUCGCUUUCUAUCACCCGAAGGCAGUGUGUCUCCGCGUACCCCACCUUCACCGCACUCACCGCCGAGAUCACCCGACUCGUUAUCUCAUCAUCGACUAGAUUUACUCGGAGACAUUGAAAUAGCUGGGAGAGCUCUCAAGCAAUAUGCAAGAGCUACAGAAUUGGGAGCGCUGAUGUACUGCAGCGGUCUUGGAGCCUUAUACAGUGGCGCUGGAGUAUGGCCACUCCUUAUGCCCCGAGCUUCUCCACAGUUCAUGAGAACAAGCCUCGAACAUGCCCGACAUACACCACCUAGAGACGAUGAUGAGGAAGAGCUUCCACUGAAUCUAUCUACAAAGAACCGUCAGAUUUGGUCUCCGGGGAGUGCAUGUGAGCAAGAAAAAACUGAUGUCAAAGUGGAAUCACCGAUUUUUCGUUGGGAUAGGCAAGACGACAUCGAUGCGCCUCUCGAAUUAGUCAAGAGAUGCCGAAGCAACCCUGAUGAAGCAGAGCGUCCUGCGAGCACAGAACCACGCCGGUGCCCCUCGGCACCAGCUCACCAGACCUACCCUAUAAAAGCUCCACAACCAGGAGACCUCAACUACACCCUGCUUCUCAAAAAUGAAAACCGAAAUGAGAAAUCGUUCCAAUGCAAACAAUGCGGCAAGUGUUUCAAGCGCUCGAGUACCCUGUCGACCCACCUACUCAUUCACUCGGAUACCAGACCUUAUCCAUGCCAAUACUGUGGCAAAAGGUUCCACCAAAAAUCAGACAUGAAGAAACAUACCUAUAUACACACAGGUGAGAAGCCGCACAAGUGUGUAGUAUGUUCCAAGGCAUUCAGCCAAAGCUCAAAUUUAAUCACUCAUAUGCGUAAGCACACUGGAUACAAGCCAUUCUCGUGCGGCUUGUGUGAUAAAGCUUUCCAACGUAAAGUCGACUUGCGUCGUCACCGAGAUUCACAGCAUUCCGACGUGACUGACACAACCCCUACAACUUUGCAAGUACCACAUCGUUACAGGUUCUAUGGUGACGAGCCCCCCGCACCCCUCACACCACUUGUUACUAAUUGA